GCCUUUGCACAGUUUGAUGCUGAAGGAGAUGGCACCGUAGAUGUGGAGAAUAUGCUGGAGGCUCUCAAGAAUUCUAGUGGAGCUAAUCUUCAGGGGGAGCUUAGCCAUGUAAUCAGGCAACUGCAAGCUUGUUCACUAGUGCCAGGUUUUAUUGAUAUCUUCUCCGAAUCGAAGGAGCGCCUGGGCCUCCACGCCGCGAUGAUCCUGAGGUUCCUGCACCGGAACCGCAUCUCCAGCACAGCCAUCCCAUACCCAGUGCUGGAGUACUUCAACAACAUCUGCACCAUGCGCUCCUCUGUCUUGAAGGACUCUCUGGAUCGACUUCUCCUAAAGGAGAGAGAAUACCCCAGUGACCUGAACAGUAAUCAGGAGUCUGACAAGCUGAAGUCUGUCACCAAGUGCUAUACUCACAUAGAAACCUCAUCCAAUUCCGCCGAUAUCGACAAGAUGACGAACGGAGAAACCACAUCCUUCUGGCAGUCGGAUGGGAGCGCUCGUUCCCAUUGGAUACGUUUAAAGAUGAAACCAGAUGUGGUUUUGAGACAUCUGUCCAUUGCAGUGGCAGCUAAUGACCAGAGUUACAUGCCACAGCAAGUCACAGUGGCAGUGGGAAGGAAUGCCAGCAGUCUCCAGGAGGUCCGAGACGUUCACAUUCCAAGCAAUAUCACUGGCUACGUAACACUGUUGGAAAACGCUAACAUUAGUCAGAUGUAUGUACAGAUAAACAUCAAGCGUUGCCUUAGUGAUGGCUGUGACACCAGGAUCCAUGGGCUCAGGGCUGUGGGUUAUCAGAGGGUGAAGAAGGUUGGGGUCUCGGUGUGUGAUGCUUCAGCAAUCUG